GUGGCUUGACUACGGAGUGGUCCACGACUUUCCCCGCCGGCGCGUCAUCAGAAUAGAAGAGAAAUGCAUCACAUAGCAUAGCUACUAUGCAACGCCCAUGGUGGCGUUUCUUCCUUCUUCUUUCUUUUUUUUCCUUUUUUUCUUCCAAAAGAUCAUACGAAUUUGGGAUGGUACUAUUUACGCACUGUGUAGAACGCACUUUUCUCCCAUUCGUCUAUUCCUCUGUGGUCCGCGAUUGUCCUCUCGUUGGAGAGAUUUCCCCAUGGCAAAUAGCACCGCGUCAACAGUCCGGAUUUCAAUCGCUCGCGCUUAAGUUUGAAAACGAACGAACGUAAAGUUGAAAUAUAAUUCAAGACAACCAUUUCGAUAAGACACAGUUGUGGUCUUU